UGGUCCAAGAGCAGUUCGCUAAGAUUGCAGUUAAGGAGGCAUAACAGCCAUCAUGAGGACCUUAGCUUUGAUUGCGUUUGCGCUCUCCAUGGCCGUUGUCACAGCUCAGAGGAAAGGACCUCACCAUGGCGGCGGCGGCGGCGGCGGCGGCGUCCACAACGGUCCAGGCAACUGCGGUCUUAACGAAGAGUACAGCACGUGCAAGAGCAGCUCUUGCAAAGAAGCCACCUGCGCCAGGCCUGUAGUGGGGCCUGCAUGCACUGCGGACUGCAUCCAGGGAUGCUUUUGCAAAAAGGGAUUCUUUAGAAGCGUCAGGAGACUUUGCGUGCCGAGGAACCAAUGUCCCUAGGAUGGAGACCGAAACCAUCUUGACUGCUCACCGAGAACGAGAUCUGAAUAUCGUGUGCACUUGGGUAAUCACUGGCACACCGGCUUAACCAUGCAAGAAACUUGAACAGCGGAUUGAAUUGUCAAGAUAUCAAUAAAUAAUCAAGAGCCUCAAUACUUGGUGCAAA